AUGGACAACGGCAAUAAUCAGAAUGAUGAUCAUCAACCUCCUGCACCUGCUUCAGAUCUGUCUGCAAUAGACAUGGAUAAUUUUGAGCAGCUCACUUCUGAACUACCUGCUGUAGGCAAAAACACAUUGCAGUUUGAUAAUGCAGCUGUUGAGGAGGAUGCUGAGUUGUCUCUCAGUAUUGAAGACGAUCAGGACACAGGGAAUCCCACCAAUGCAGAUAUGAAGAUGGAAUUAAUGCCCGUGGAAUCAGAUGUAAGUUUCACAAAAUAAAAUAUUGCAUGUAUUUUUUUAACCCAGUCCUGAGAGUUACCAAAAUCAAUUUUCUCUUAAUGAUAUCCAUACAUUGUCAGGAGAUUAGGUUAUGAGAGGUAAUAAAAUAAUCACCAAAGAGAAAUGCCUUGAUCAUUUUUCAAAUUCUCUCAACACAGUCUUUAAGGAAAUGUGUGGAGAUUAGUUUGGAGAAUUUGUACAUGGAUAUUGGGGCUUAAAGGGUUAACUAAUUAAUAAGCCUCUGUCUAGUAGUGACUACCUGCAUGGACAGGACAAAAGUUACUAACUGGUGGCUUUAAUAGUAAUUUUUAAUUAUUAAUUGCGAAAGAGCAGCCUCACGAGGCUGCGAGGCAGCAACCUAAUAGAGCCGUGCGCAAUAGUUCCAGGGGCAGAAAAAAUCUCGAAUUGAUGAAACAUAUAGUAAUGUAAGGCAGCAGUUAUGAUGUAAUGCAGAACAGAGAAUGCAUUGUUUUUUAGCAAACUCUUGAUACAAAAUCCAUGAGCCGUGUGCAUGUUUGUGAGUCCCGUGCUCAUCCCGUCUUCAACCAAUCGUCGGGUGGAUAUUCAUUUGCAUCAAAAUUUAUUGUGUCUUGGAAGCAAAAUAGUACUUAGUAAAGGUGGGAUUUCAAAUUCUUUAUGCAAAGGAACAGUUUACUUGACUAUUUUCAUAAGACAAACUUAAAGCAAUUUAGGGCACACAUACACCAACCCAUGAUCCGACUUCCCUGCAUAUGUGGUGGGAAAACUGCCGUGCUGGAUUUCCAACCAAUAGUUCCCACAUGUGUUGUGUGGAGCUGGUGCUUAAAGGAAUGCUUUACACUACUGGCCCACCACAAUAAAGGGUCUUUGAGACACAGGUUUUCUCUGUUCUUUGACCCGAUGGUAAUGCCAUAAUGGUGAACUCCUAUAAGGGUGGAACAACUGUCUAUGGCUACCACUGCCGCGUGAUAUGGUUGUAUGCAUGCAUGAAAAACAGGCCAGGACGUGGGUUGGUGUAAUGUGUGCUUCUUGCUUUAAAGAGUUGCACUUAAAGGAGUUGCUCCAACAAUGAAGGGUCUUUGAGACAUGAGUUUUCCCCAUUCAUUGACCCAACAGUUAUGCCAUGAUGAUGAGCCUCAAUAAGGGCAAAACAGUUGUCCAUGGCUGCCACUGCCUGGGUGAUAUGGCUGUGUGCCUUCAUGAGAUAGUGGCCAGGUGGUGGGUUGGUGUAUGUGUGCCCCUUGCUAUAACUAUUUUCACACUAAUUUUCACUUAUGCAAUCAAAUUAAGUUCAAUCUGUUUUUCAUAAAUUACUGUAAUUCAUUACAGGUCUAAACAAAUUGAACAGCAUGUGUAUGCACUCUUUUUUUCUAUAAGAAUAUAUUUUAUAAGAAUAUCAAUGCAGAAAUUUGUGAAAUUUUAUGAAUAUUUUAAGAAUAAACCCCAGGCUGAGAUUUUGAAAAGGGUAUAAUUUUGUGUGUUCAAAAACUUAAUAGUACCUUACAAUAAACUUAAUUAUUCCAUUCUCCAAAUGGCAAAACUUGCCAACAAAACGAAAAAACCUGCACUAACUAUAAUUGAUCACCCCAAUAUAUUUUAAAAAUAUGGAAAUGCCAUAAGCUAUAAUAAUUGAAGAAUAAUACAAGAAUAUUUUCAGCCUAAAAUUGGCAGAAAAAUAAGAAUGUUCUAGCCUUAAUAAGGCCAGAGAAACAACAUUCUUAAUAAUGAAAAAAAAAGUGUAGGUAAAAUCUUUGCUUGUUGGCACUUAGCAAAUAGCUAUAACUAUAUAGUUAUAAUAUUAUAAUAUUAUGAUUAGAGGUCCACCUGAAAACAGCAUUAGAUGUGGUAUAUAUUUUUCAUGUUAUUUAAGCAUGCAGAAUAAAUGAAUGAAUACAAUAAAUUUAAUAAUGAAAUUUAUUGUAUUUAUUUAAUGUGAUAUUAAAUGAACGAUUCAGUCAGGCAUUUAAAUAUUAAUUUAUUCAUUAGCAUAUAUGUAGUUUUCUAUUUACCAAGUGUAUUUGCGCAAUGUGCCUCAUACAAUCUGCAUUUACUGUUUAGUUGUGGUGUUUUUCAAUUUUUUUAAAUUGAUUUUCAAUCCUACAAGUUAAAGGUAUUUGUGAAAAUAGCCAUGCUUUCCACAAAGAAUUUAUUUUUCAUGAACAUACCCUAGGGCUUGCAUCCAGAAACAGAUGAUGCUAGCUGUGAGGAACCAGAUCCCACAAAGGAAGAUACACUAGCACCAGAAGCCAUGACAGGAACAGAACCAGCAAAUUCAGAUACUAAAGAAUCCAAAGCUACAGAAACGGGUGUCUCUACUCCAUCAGUUUCCUUUGAUGACAAAGCUGAACAAAAUUCACAGGAAGAAGAAGAGGAAGAAGAGGAAAAGCCUGUGAAGUUUGGAAAAAUUGUUGAUCCUCAUGUCUUGGGGUGCUGUGAAUUCUGUGGUGGUCCUGUUAAGCGGCGGAGGUUUUGUUCUCCUCUCAAAAGAUUCUGCUCCAAGGGUUGUUCUAGAAGUUCAAGGAAAGCUAAAGUAAUGUUUCCCUUAUAAAUAGAAACUAAGUGUUAGCUUGUACAUUUAUACUUCAAAAGGCUUUGGCUUAGGAUGUCGGCAUGUAAAAAAGCCUGUUUACAUGCAUUUUCUCAACAUUUGUUCACUUAUGUUUGGCUUAACCAUUUAAUGGCAAAACGUUUUUAACAGAUUGUCCAACAUUGUUGAACUUAUUUAUUGAGAAGUAUUGAAAGCUUGCGCAUGUUAAUGUGUAGUCUGUGCGAGCAGUCACGCCUUUAUCGGCUCUUGUUUCAUCUGCUGAGAAAAGACAUCUGCUCUCAUCACUGGAUAGUUAAUGUGUUAAAGCAAAUUAAUUUAAACCAGUAAUAGCAACAUUGCUUUAACCUUCUUUUCUUGAAAACUAUAAAAUAAAAAUCCUUUAUUAAGCCCCCCUCUUUGAUAAGCCCCCCCCCCCCUUUUCAGUAGAGGAAAGUUAUGAAGCCCUCCCCACCCUACUAACCUUGUCCUUAAAAUAGAAUGUGUUAAAUCAUGACUUUGCUUGAACCAAAGAUACCUUUUAUUCUUUGCUGACUUCACAAGUUUACUGAUGUAGACAGCUUAUGCAUUUGUCAUGGAUAGGCUGGGCCUAUAAUAAUAAUUAUUUAUAUAUGUAAUAUGUCAGAAAAAGGAGAUUGAGGAUAUUAUCAAUGGACAGGAAGUGGAUGAAGGGAACUCUUAUACCUGCACAGUAACAGGUAAGUGACUCAAAGUCAUACAUUAAUAGAGAGGAAAAGUGUGAUGUCAUGUUACUUCUGGACGUGGUUCCUCAAAGGAUGGUUAAGUUUAAUCCAGGAUUAAGGCAAAUUUCAAGCAACGUUUUCUUGUCUAAGAACAUGUUACCGCGGGCUUUCAAAAUAAUGUUGUGCUUUAACUCUGAGAUUCUGUGAUGAUAACAUAAGAAUGCUAAUCUAAGGAAUGCAUAGGAAGGCAAAUACAAAAAUGGAAGACAUUUUCGAAGGAUGGAAGUACCUGUUCCCGAGUACAGUGCAAUCAUGCACAGGAAAGUGUUGUUUCUUUUUUUUUCUGCAAUGUUUGCAGGACCGUGGUUUGUUGGGAUCCAGAAAUUUUGCCACCAUGCUAACAUGACGUAACAACUUCUCCACUCUACGUUAUUAUAAGUAUAGGUAAUAGCAUGAUUAAUUUGUAGUGAUGUUUGGCAUAAAUACUGUGAGUGAUAUUUCAAAAGUAAAAUUCGAGACAAUUUUGAAAUAUCACAAGUGGUAUUUCUGCCAAGUAUCAUGUACAAAUCAUGCUAUUAUUUGUUUAUACUACUACACGCAAAAGGUUUGUAAUUUUCACAUGUAGGUAUUUCAAAUUAACCUGAAAUACCACUGCUCUAAGCCAAUCACAUUGCAGAAAUUUCUCAUGUAGUAGUAUAACUAAUGGUAUCUCUAGUCACAUUCAUGGUGAUAAUAUAAAAAAAACCAUUUUUGCACAUGUUGAAUGAUUAGUAAUGAUGUAGUGGAACAUACGUCAUUUUAAGUACAUUCAAUCAGUAUAGACAAUUAUUAUGCUGUUUACAUGCAGAUACCAUUGUCUGCCAUUAUACUGUACUUCUUGUUGAUUUAAGCAGGCAUGUUUUUGUUUAACUGUGGGGGAGGGGGGGGGGUUGAAAAAAAGCAAUGGGUGCUUUCAAGCAAUAAAAUGUGAAUAUCAUAACUUCUAUAUACACAGGAGGCAGUUUGUCAUUUCAAGCAUUAAAGCAGGUGCUCCAUAUAGAGAAAAAUUGAUCAAUGCAGGUAGUGGGUGGGAGCACUAAACAAAAAACUGUAAUCAUCAGGGUUGUCAAAAGUAGCCGGCUGCCGGCAAAAAUCGCCGCCUACUUGGUUAGCAUCAGCUGGCUACUCUGCUUAGCAUUUCUUUACAGAUGGGGUUUUUUAAUUGAAAUAUCCCUGGACUGGCCACUUACUUUGACAUCUCAGCUGUCUACUUUAAAACUUUCUGACACCCCUGAAUCAUGCUCCUGUUGGCUUUGUCAUUUCCUUGAGAGUUGUUAAUUUUGUGUGUAUUUUAAGGCAGCGAGGGUGAGGCCCCUCAUAAAGUCACUUGGACUGAUUACAUGGAAGCUGCUCUCAGCAAGGCUGCUCCUGAUUGUUGCUUCAAGCAUGUGAGUGUCUUAUAUAAUCUAUAUUGUGAUAUUUUGCCAGUUCUGGAUGAACUUCUGGGUAGUCUAAAUUGUCUCAGCUUUCGCUUGAGCUAUACUCUGCCAUUGUUGUUGACUGCAGUGUAGCAGGAUUAAAAUGAGCUAGCUGGCCUGUGCUGCUGUUCCACAGGACACACCUUCACUGAGAGCUGCCAUUGACAUCGCUAGCACUGUUUUUGCCAUCUAUUAUCACUAUUAUUAUUAUUAUUAUUAUUAUUAUUAUUAUUUAUUGCUACUAUUAUUAUUUAAUUUUUUAUGUAUAUUGUUGUUGGAAGUUGAAGAAUUAUUGUAAUUUUGUAAGUAAUAUUUAUUUAUUCACCCAACAGACAACAGUUGAAGUUCCUGGCUUAAAACCUGGCAUGAAACUGGAAGCAGUUGAUAGGAACAACCCACCUUCAUUCUGUGUUGCCACGGUUAUACAGAAGGUUGGACAAAGAGUGCGCAUUCGUUAUGAUGGGUUUGGAAAGGAUAGUAGCAACGACCACUGGUGUAACUUCCAAGCAGAGGAACUUCACCCAAUAGGAUGGUGUGCACAGAAUGGAUACCCUCUACAACCACCAAAAGGUAAAUAACAAGUCAUGUAUUUGUAUAGGUGUCUCCUUAACCCUUUAAAUCCCAGUAUCAACAUACAAAUUCUCUAGACUGCAUGACCUGUAUGCAUUUCUUAAGGAAUUGUUUAUGAGAAUUUGGUACAAGAUCAAACUUUUUUCUCUUUGCUGAUCAUUUUGUCAAUUCUCUUAACUUUUUCUCUUGAUAAUGUAUUGGAAUUGUUAGGAGAAAAUUGAUUUUGGCCAGUCUUGGGAACUAAAGAGUUAAUUAGUAGAUUUAGUACAAGACUUUAAGUGUUGGUUUGGAUCUUAGGGGUGGUUGAACCCCAAGGCAGUUAUUACUGAAACCUCCGAUGUUAACAUACUUAAGUUGGAACGGAUUUGUCCUGCCACAUUUACUGUCACAUUUUUUUAAUUUCUGUGUCCUGUCUUGACUCAAUCUUUUUGAUUUUGUUGAUUUGUAAAACACAAUUCUGUCCCAAAUUUGAUAGUAUUAUUUGACUGAUCCCUUUUGAAACUCAUUUUAACUGUAAAUAAUUUCUUAUUCUGUUUUAUCAUUUUAGGCAUUAAUAGCACUCUAGAGGACUGGAGAACUUUCUUAACUCAGACGCUAACUGGUGCACUUGCUGCACCCCAUGACCUUUUUAGAAAGGUAUGUGGUGAUUGGUGUGCCAGUCAUCGAUAAAUUACAUGUAUAAUACUACUGUAUGAGAAAUUUCUGCAAUUUGAUUGGCUUAGAGCAGUGGUACUUCAGCUUAAUUUGAAAUACCUACAUGUGAAAAUUACAAACCUUGUGUGGGUAGUAGUAUAAACAAAUAAUAGCGUGAUUUGGACAUGAUAUUUGGUAUGAAUACCACUCGUGAUAUUUCAAAAUUGUCUCAAAUUUCACUCGCCUAACGGCUCCUGAAAUUACGUGUAACAAUUUCGAGUUAUCACUCGUGGUAUUUAUCCGAAAUAUCACUGCAAAUCAUCCUGUUACCUAUACUACCGGUAAUCAGUCAUUGAUCAAAAGCUUACAUGUAAGUUGACCCAUAUAAUAAUCAAUUAUAGAAAAAGUUAAAUCAACAUGUGGAAAAAUGAAAAAUGAAAUCUUUGCAAUUAAAAAAUAUGUUAAAAAUAGCGGGUUUUUUAAUAGACAAAUAUUAAUGCAGCUAUAUAAAUCUAUUGUCUGUUUUUUUUGUGCUCUUUAUAAACAUGGCGCAAAAUGAAUCCCCUUAGCAAAAAUGGUCCAAAGCUCAAAAGUUAGAUGUUACUUUGACUUACACACAAAAGUCAUGUGAAAAAUAAAUUCCAUACUUUUGAAGAGAUUUUUCUAAAUAGUUAAAGACAAUAUAUGAUCGUUCCAUUAGGUCAAUCUGAUUAUUGCUGAUAUAAUCAAUUAUUAUUCUGAAAAUCUCAGCCAAUUCCCAACCAUGUUGUUGUUGUUGUUUUUUUCUAAUAAACUUGGUUCUUUUCAAGCAGACUCAAGAGCACUUCCAGCCACGAGUUCAUGGGUUUGAAGUUGGCAUGAAGUUGGAGGUAGUUCACCCCAUAAAACCAUCAAUCAUCUGUCCUGCUACAGUGACUAAGAGUCUUGGGCCGUACUACUUUGCCAUCACCACUGAUUACCAAGAAGAUGUCCCUUCUGUCACAUUCUGUUGUCAUAGUGACUCUCCAGGGAUAUUUCCAGCGGGGUGGUGUUCUAGGCAUCAGGUUGAACUUGCCGUCCCUGCAAGUAAGUGGAAAGAAUAUCACCAACUUUGCUGGAGAAAUAUGCUCAUUAAGUACAAAAGUGUCAGAAAUGCACAGACCUGUUUUGGUUGAAAUAUGUACUUAUUUGAGUGUCAAAUGUAAUUAGCGUGAAAGUACUAAUUGGCGACACUUAUUUUACAUUUCCAACUGGAGACAGGACUGCCGUGUGAUCAUAAGAGCCAUGCAAAGGUCUGACCCACUUGCAGUGCAAAGGGAGUACCUUCAUUUCUCAGUUGUUUUAAGACCCUAAAGUAUUGGUCUGGCCCUGGGAAACAAACCCACGACCUCCCGCUCUGUAGUGAAGUGCUCUACCGAAUGAGCUACACAUCCUGCUGCAGUUAAAAAAGAGUAUUUUUGGGCAUGGGAAUUUGGUAGUGAUCCUUUGGGUGGAUAUAGUCAUUUUCAUUGGUAACAAAUUCAAAAGUGCUGUGUGACAACCCAGGCUAGUGGGACAACUGGGCCCGUCAAUAAUAAUUAAUAAUUGCUAUUUCUCCAGGCUAAUUAGUAAUAUUAUUAUUCAUUUGAUUUUUUAUGGUACUUUCUUGUGAAGAGAAUGACCGUAAGGCCACUUAAAGAGCGAGUCGAUAGUUUUGUCGAAAUUUGUGUCAUUGCAUGUAAUGACUGUGUGGAUUGGCAAGUAAGGCAGAAACAGAAGUUGGCUUUUUAUAUAUUGGGUUGGUAGUUGCAGUGUUGUUAUUGAUAUGUGAUGUUGAGUUACUUGGUCUGUUGUUUGUAUUUUCACUGUUUUUAAUGAUCAAGAAAUGAUUCUGGCUGGAUAUUUUGACUGCAGAAGUAUUUUACAGAAAACAUUGGCAGAGGCAACUGGGCCAGCAGCUUCAAAACCAAGCGAAAAUUGAGAUAAAGGAAGAAUAAUUAAUUGUUCCUUUAUCUCAAUUAUUGUCAGACAUGCAAUUAUUGUCAGUGUGACUCACUUAGCAAAAGAGUCUGUUUAGGCUGACGAUAUGUUUCUCCAAAGUAUGUUUCAAUUUGGCUCUUUACCAUCAAAACCCUGCAAAAAGUCUUUUUCCCUGUCAUUCUUUUUCUUAAAUAGCUUUAUUGGGUUUCAUUAUCUUAUACAUAGUUACGUAGAAACUUUUUUAAAAAGCAAUAAAAAGUAGGAGAAGAAAAAAAAGAAAAAAGGUAUUAUAUCAAAAGUGGCAAGAACUACCAAGACAAGACCAUAAGGACUUAAAGAAAUAAAAAAAAAAAAACAAAAUAUAAAAGGGCAAAAUUAAUUAUUAAAUAAAUUGUUAUCUCAUUUGGAAUUCAUUUUACAUGAUGAAAAACUCAAAUUUAGUUUGCCAUUUUUCGCACUGAUGGAUCAAAGUUUCAGGGCCAUACUUCGGCCCAAAGUAUAGUAAUUUGCAUGCGAACUGCACUGCCUUUUUUGUAUUUUUUUUUUCUCAAUCUUGCAGACAAAAUAAUACUAAAUAUGCUUUUCAAUACACUUUUAAACAUAAAACCAGACAAUGCGGAAAGAAUAAGAAGAAGAAGAAAAAAAGAAAGAGUGACCUUCAUGACUAUAUUUGCAGCUGAUCACCUAUCCGGUUAUUAACCCCGCCAGACACAGUCUUAACUUGAGUGGUGCUACUGAAAAACUGAAUUUUGUGAGGGUUAUUGCGAGAUUUGUUUUGUAGUAACAUGUUGGAUCUUUGAAUCUUAAUUCAGAUUACACCAAAAAGACAUUCACGUGGGACAAGUAUUUAGCCCUUUGCCGUGCACCAUAUGCACCUGGUCACUUGUUUAGGGUAAGUGUGAUUAACCCUUUAAGUCCCAAUAGUGACCAAGAUCAAUUUUCUCCUAACAAUAUCCAUACAUUGUCAACAGAUAAGUUAUAAGAAUUAAUAAAAUGAUCACCUAAGUAAAAAUGCCUUGAUCUUUAAACAAAUUCUCUUAACUCAUAGGAAAUGUAUAGAGAUCAGUUUGGAGGAUUUGUAUGUAGAUACUUAGGCUUAAAGGGUUAAGAGGCAGAUCAAGAAUAGUUAAAACAUGGAAACUGCAGUAUAACAUUUUAAAAUUGUUUUUUAGUGUUAAUCCAUUUCACCCCUCAGUAUUUCUGUUAGCCGGAUUAGAAAUUUGGUUCAGAUCAGCCAAAUUGAAUUAGAACUGCCUGACAAGUUACCCAGACAUUACAAUAUUGCCAUUGAACCUCCAUGUUCAACCACCUCUCGUAUAGUGUCCAGCGCCCAUCCAAAACACCAUGUUCCCAGUCAUAGCCCUAUAAGUAGAUCUGCUUGUAAACAACCACCUCUCACAAGUGGCUGGAAGCACUUUUUGGCCUGACCAUUUAUAGUUUUCCAGUACUGUGCAAACAGUGAACGAGCAGGAGUGUAUUAUGCCGAGAGUUUUUAAACCUGAUAAAAUACGUGACUGCGAGUUUUUUGAACGGCUUCAAAAUCUCUGUUAUAGAUCAACUCAUUCUUGUAUUAAUAUUUAGAUUUGGGAUUAUUUGUUUUAAAAUUUGGACAUAAAGUUAAGCCUGUCUUUAUCUGAUAUAAAGACACUCAUUAAGCAUUAAUUUCUUUUGGUUUUUUUAUGAAUAUUAUUUAUGAGUUCUUGAAUUGUUUUUACCCUCUUGUAAGCAACCACUUGGUGCACAGUGUAGUCUCUUUGUUUGCUGUAAUUGUAUUACCCACCCUGAGUAAAGAAAUUUCAGCUGCAACAAAUUCUCUACCAAAACAUAGAUGUGUCGGGACCUCUUCACAGAUUAGAGACCCGUUGUAGUUCAAUUCUGGUAAGUGACCACCUGCCAUUAACAACUCCACUAAAAUAAUCUUUACAGUUUGGGUGGCUUCUUUAAGCAGGUUCGACUGUAUAAUAAUAGUCACUGUAAUUGUGAUGCUCCAGUGCUUAAACUAUUUCUAUUAUUUUUAAUGCAGAAACCCAAGACCCAUAAAUUCAAACCUGGCAUGAAGCUGGAAGUAGUUGAUUUGGAGCAGCCGCAAAUCAUUCGUGUUGCCACUAUAACAAAUGGUAUGGGGCGGAUGUUACAGCUAUUCUUUGAUGGCCAGCAAAAGUUUCAGUUUGUGGAUUUUGAGUCACCUGACAUUUACCCCAUUGGCUGGUGCAAAAGAACUGGACACCCCCUUCAUUCGCCGUUUGGUCCAAGUAAGUUUUGAUUGUGUAAUCAGGUUUAAAAAAUGUUGAUAAGUGUAAGUGCAGUUUGUUGAUCUAUUUUGAGUUUACAGGCACUCCACACAAAUACAAAUUAAUUACUGUAAGAGGAUUAUAAUGUCCAACUGCAGGAGGCAACCAGUCUCUAUGCAAAAGCCUGACCAAGGUUUUGAACUUGGAACGACCGAGAAACAAACCCAGCUAGUGGCCAUAGCAGGAAUCAAAGCCAGGACUGCCAGAUUGUGAAUCUGACAUGGUGACCACUGGGCCACGCUUUAUAUAGUGUUGCCUCAUACCGAUCAGUUAAUGUUACAGCGCGCAGACGCAGAGAAAACACAAUAUUCUUUGGUGGGCAAAGUUGGGCAGGGAAUAUACCCGCAAGGCUCGGAUAAAACCCACCGACCGGAUGAUGACCGAAUGAGGGGCCUCGGUACAUGGCGCCAUACCGAGGGGGUGCCUCAUGCCUGUACUGCAAGGGAGGGCAUAGUUCACGCGUGAAAACGCAUGGCCGGCAUAAUGUCCUUGGGCCAAGUUAACCAAGUCCAGCAAAUCCUAUAGCCCCCCCUCCCUGACGGGGCUUCAGCACAGGGCUGAAGGGGUGCCGCAGGCAGCAAUUCCCCGCCCAAAACGCCGAGUAAUACGAGAAGUGCCCUGUGUAAAGCCCCAGUCUCUAAGACCCUUUCUCCACCUGGUCGCGAGGGCUGGAUACAGCUCUUAUCCGCUCCACGGGGGAAUGAAAUGAACCAGAGACCAUCGGUGGAGAAAGGGGAUUGAGGAGUGGACAAGCGGGUAUGAUCACGUUCUAACUUAAGAACCCAACCGAAACUAAACUUGGGUAGCAUGACUUAAUGAAUGUUCUAGUAGGACACAGUGUUCUCAAUUGUGUUACAAUGAGACAUCAUAGUGUUCUCAAUAAACAAUACAAAGAGACACCGUAGUGUUCCCAUGUUGUUUGGUUUUUUUUUGUUGUUGUUGUUGUUGUUGUUUUUUUUUACGCAACAUAAGAAUGUUCGUGAUAAACAGUAUAGAGCAGCAUAACAGUGUUCCCAAAGCCAAGGAAGCGUGGACAAUAGUCAUUGCGAUGUGACAUCUAAUUGUUUUCGAGUCAUUAACUGGAUAGACAGGAGGCCAAAUUUUGAGGGACUUGGAGAAUGGUUUCUUUGGGUGUCCUGAUGUACGACUGAUAUGCAUCAGAUUUCCAACGGCCAAGAACUUUAAUGAGCCAGUCUGGAAGGCCAGCAGCCCCCGCAGUAGUGGCUGCUCCAAUGCGGAAACUGUGUGAUGCAUAGCAGGUACUAUCCAAUCCACAAACCUUGAGAAGAGCCCGUAAGUUGUUGGUGAGGGAGGACCGAGUAAGAUGUCGUCCAUCCGAGAAUUGGAAGAGGGGCUGGGUAGCUCCACUGGGAUUAGUUUGAAGCAGAUAGUCUCUUAACGCGGUGACUGCACAUACAGUAGAGUUUGAUUUGGCGAUAGUGAGCUUGGCUGUCUCACGGAAAGGGUCUGUUUUGGACUUCUUGAUGACAACCUCGAAAGACACAGGUUGGACAAUGUUGGGGUAAAAGUGGACGUCCGAUCUUGUCAGGUGGGAUUGAAUAUUGAACUUGCCGUUGUAAGUGAAUUCGCUACUACGUAGAAAGCCAAAGAACGCAAGGGUAAAAGCAGCCCACAACAUUGAAGAAUCUGUGUCCAACGAUUGGAAGGGUUUUAGUUUGGCAUAAAUUUGGCGGAGGAUCGAAAUAGUAAUAGGGAACCGGGCCCGUUUGGCAAUCCCGAGGGAGGAUUUGAUCCCUCGAAGGGUCUUGUAUAGGAAGGGCAUGGAGGAGAAGUCCAGGGGACAGCCAAACUCAACAUGGAGAUUCUUAACUGCUGCCAGAUAAACUUUAAUAGUGCCAUACGAAACGGUAUUGGAUAAGUGGGUGACGAAAUGAAUUAAGGUUGAUUCACUGGUAGGGAGAAAAGGGGUUUGGGGUGAAAUGAGUUUAUGAAAAAGGCAAAAUCUAAUAAAGUGUCGCUCCCCAGAGGAAUAGGUUCGACGAGUAGAGCUGGCGAUGGACUGGAAAAUGUAGUGAGCAGCCUGCAUAGUUAGACUUUCGUCAGGAAAGGAGGGAUUGGACAGGGAACGGGCGAUGCAUCUGGUGCGAGUUGGUGGAACCGGGGCAUCUGAAAGCGAGAUAAACUAUCAGCUAUGCCGUUGUCGACCCCUGGGACGUGCUUUGCGGUAAAGGUAAAAUUAAACUUCAAAGUUUGAAAGGUGAUCAAACGGACAAGGUUCAUGAUGCGGGGAAUUUUUGAGCUUUUAGCAGACAAAACUGCGACGACUGCCUGGUUGUCACAAUGAAAACAAAUUCUCCUGUUAGCCCAAUGGGGCCCCCAAAUCAUGCAGGCAAGGUAAAUUGGGUAAAGCUCUUGCCAGGUAAUACUUAUCCCUGUGGAGGGGUUGAGCUGGUGGGAGGGGAGCCAUUUUCCCUGGAACCACUGAUUGUCAAAGAAGGCCCCGUAUCCGACUGCACCCGCUGCGUCUGUAUAUAAAUGGAUUUGUGGGGAUGAUUCUGUGUAAGGGGGGAGAAAAAGGCUAACACCAUUCCAGUGGUCGAGGAAAAAUUGCCACAUGAGGAUGUCCUUUCUGAACUCCUGGGUGAGAAAAAUAAUCCGCUUGGGGCGGGCACAACCCCGGGUAAGGUUAAUGAUGCGCUGCAUGAAAGGGCGACCAGGGGAAAUAACCCGGCAGGCGAACUGCAGAGUCCCAAUGAGGGACUGCAGGUCCUGUAGACGACAGACCCGUUUGGAAGACCAGUCCGCUAGCAGGGACCGGGCAUUACUUAACUUAUCCUCGGGGAGACGAGCCUGCAUGUUUACGGAAUCGAGUGUUAUUCCCAUGAAUUCAAGAACUUGGGUGGGGCGAAAGGUUUUCUGUGGGGCAAGGGGAAUGUUUAAUUCCUCAAAGAGGGUAAGAACCCGGCAGAGGGCUGUGGCACAAAGGGACGAGGGGGCAGGUUGAACAAUGAAAAAAUCGUCGAGAAUGUGUAUGAUGGAGGGGAUGUUCAGGUGUUGUCUGACCAACCAUUCCAGGGCAUCAGCGAGUUGAUUAAAGAGAAAAGGGGCACUCCUUAGCCCGAAGGGGAGGGCUUUGUCGAAGUAAUAACGACCCUUCCAGGACAUCCCCAAGAGUUCCCAAUCCCCGGGGUGAACGGGGAUAAUUCGAAAAGCGGACUGUAUGUCAGUUUUUGUCAUAAAGCACCCGGGGCCGUGGUUGAGGACCAGGGCAAUGGCAUCGUCAAUCCGAAUAUACUGAAGGGUGUAAUCCUCAAUGGGUAUGUUAGCAUUUAAGCUAUCCGGGGACCCCUUGGGGUAGGAUAGGUGGAAAAUAGUGCGCCACUUUUGGCUUCCCUUUUUGGGGACUAGGCCGAGGGGAUGAAUUUGAAAAUUUUGAAAAGGGGGGGAUUCAAAGGGGCCAGCCAGGCGACCAAGCUGGACUUCCUCUAGCAGGUUUUUCUCAAUAACUUGGGGUUGUUGGAUGGCAGAUGGGAGAUUCUUGGCAGCUCUGGGGAAGCGGUUACCUUUGUAACCCAAGUGGAAACCAUGGCUUAACCCAUCGCAAAGUCUAGUUACAAAAGCUUGAUUAGGGUGAGUCUUAAGAAGUUUGUGUAGCAGGGGAACAUUCACCGGGGUUUGGGGUUUGUAUGAUAUGGCGGCUUUAGCGGUUUGAGAGUUUCUUAUCACCCUGGCCUCUAGUUUUUGAAGGGGUGUCAUCGUGUCGGUAGGCAGGGUGUUCUCCAUUGCAGACCCUGCAGCGGUGGCUGAAGGAGCAGGGGUCCUGGCUGCAUUUGGCACCUCUGUUGUAAUUGUUACACGUUCCUCGUUGGGUAGGAUUGGGCCUAAGGGCAGAGAGGGAACACCCAUGAGAAAAAUGAUCCCCACUACCACAUAUGGUGCAAGAGGAUUUUGCCUGCCCUGUAAAUUUCAGGAGGUACAAUUGUAUAUCCCUUUCCCCCCAAUUAAGGGAAUGGUGGGCGGCUGCUUUCCUACGAAAGUCUAUAUCGUAGGAGAGCCAUGCAAAUCCCGCGAACUUACGGUAGGCCGAGCGGAUGAUCUCUUGGUAAGCAAACAUCUCGACAGCCCUGUGGGGGAAGGAAGUCAGAAAGAUUGUACAAAAAACAGCAAAGGCCGAAAGCCACCUAUCGAUUGAGUCAAUGUGGGUUUUCUUCUUGCGGGCAGGGGUGGGAAUAUUCACUUGUUUCCCCUCGAACGAAAUGGACACCCCGGGGAGUUCGCUUUCGUUUAGGCAGGAGUUUUCUGGCAGCAAAGAAUCGAAUUCAACAAACUCACCGCGUAGGAUUAGUUGCCGAGUCUUCUGGGGGACGUGGGCUGCGAUGGAUGAGGAAGCUGGCUGCAUUCGGGACUGAGAUGGGCCGUAGUUCGAGGAACCCGAUUGUGAAAGAAGGCUCGCGACGAAAGCAGGGUCAGAUAGUUGUUGUCGCGCUGGAGGUUGGGGAACUGAAUGUGCUGGCUGUUGUGGUACGGGUGAUGGGUUCGUUGAUGCGAAAUUUUUUAGCUUUUCAUCGACUAUGGUGGCGAUGAGGGUGGCUAGAGCCGCUGGAUUUGAGACGGGGUUAGGCGGAACGCCCCUGUCGCGGACGCCAUCUUGUGCUUCGCACGUGGUUAGUUCGGUAUCGCGUCUUUGAAGUCUCUCAGCCUGCGGCGGAUCUUGUUCAUCAUUCCGAGCGCUCGGUAAAUCGCCUUCCUCGUUGGGCUGCUCAACGUCACCGGGUAGGUUAGGGGCGACAGGAGAAGAAUCGGUGUUCGUGCGAGGCCUUUUGGCUGCUGGGUCGGCGGAAUCGGAGCUUCGUGUACGUGAUGUUGGCGCAUCAACAUUGAUCGUGCCCAGGCGUUCGAUCAUCUGUUCGCGUGUUCCCGAGAUAGCAAGCUGGUUUUGGGCCAGUAAAAGGCGAAGGACCUCGUUCGUAACGCCUGAAAGAUCCAUGAAAAACUUUGGUGCUGAAAAAACUUUGGUGCUGCUCAACUUGCAGCCUUCAAAGAAAGUGGCGAUUGAACGGACUGGCGCAGAAUAAGACAAAGAGGCAGGCUGCCAAAUAAGGAGAUCGCGUGUUUGGGAUAAACCGCAGUAGCGAUGCAGGCUCAAUAGUUGUUGCUUGCCAACAUUAACCUUUAUUUUAUGCUAAAAUAUCAAUUCAUAACAGUCCAGUGUUGAUCUAGCCUACAAGAUAUCUCCAAUUGAAGUGGUGAGCAAAGCAAGGUGCAAAAGAAAACGAAAGCUUUAGCCACCAGAGGUAGAAGAAAAGGAGAGCUAGAAAUGAUCUCUGAAGGAUUUUUAUUUCUGCUUUUUUAAAAAUGAAUAGCUCCUUACAGUUGGAAAUAAAUUUUCAUUGAUGACAGGCGUGGCUGUCUGUGCAUCUGGGUGAUUCUUAAGGUUCAAUUUGGUCUCGAGUCCACACUUUAUAGAAACUAGCAAAACAGAAGAGAUUGCAGUGAAAAAGUUUGCCAGGAAAUCUAGCUUCUACUAAAUAGGACCACCUUUUUUGUAUGUAGUGGCAUUUAUGAAUUUCGAGAAGAAGAGUGGAUUUCAUCUCAAAGUGAAUAUGUAAAUCAUUGUGGUGAUAAAAACAUUGUUUUGAAACAGUGGAAAGCUUGGAGUGGUAGCUUAACUUUCAUAUGAGGUCAAGGUUUUGACUGACAGCUGUCGCAUUUCUUGUCUCUGGUACAAUGUUUUUAGGCUUUAUGGUUUCUGGGGUUGAAAGAAAAUUUAUUAAAGAUUGCUUUAAAUCCUCUUUCCUCACUCUCGCAUCUUCUCUUGUGUGUGGCUUGCCCAUAAGAGAAAAGGAGAGCUUGCUCACACGGGUUAGUGUUGAUCUCAUCUUCCCACUCAGUUAAGCUUUUCAAAGAAACUGGGCUGCUAAAACAAGGUGCCAGAUUGACAGUAAACACAUUAAGUUUAAUUGUUGCCCAGUAUGACAGAAGUCUGUUUUUUUUAGUGAACUUUUGAGUUUUGAAGUUAAUCUUUUCAUAUCAUUGAGGAGACUAUUUGAUCAUUUACUGUUUUUUUUUUUUAUUUCAUUACAGUUCCAUCAGAUGCAGUAAGGUUGGUAUUCCCUACGUGACUGUUUUUCAGCUUAAAUUUUUGCAAUUUGCUUGAAGAGCAUUUCUCUGUCCUUUUUUUAAAAUAUUUGCUGUGUAAUUGGUCAGUUUUUUAGAGAGCUUUAAUGUUAUUUACAGGUGCAGUAAAUUUUGUUCUUGGUCCAGUGAACAAACCGAUCUUCGGUAGCCAUCCCUUGUGGAAAAGUGAAUUACAAUUAUUUGAAAAAUAAGUUGUAGUGUUUAAAGGUCUCCGAUUUUUUAGUAUUGUAGCUUUCAACUGUAUCGCACAGUCAUAUGAAUUAGUCACGUGACGGCUAAUGAUAGAGAACCGCGGGAAGUUCUUAACCCCCAUCUCUAUUGAGGGUUGAAUGCUGGCAUCUGAUAGGGAUGGCCUUAAUUUGAGUUUUCUUUUAAUGUCCACCGUCUCCUGGUCAAGGAUCUUGAUCCCCUUCCAGUCGAUCUCGUGGUUAGCGUUAGACUGGUGUUCCCUGAUUGUGGAUUGUUUAAUUUGUUGUUUCUGAGACCUUUUGAGCCACUAGAAUUUAUUUUUCAAAUUUCAAUUCUAAGGUCAAGAAUAAGCAUUCAUGGAAUUUUGAAUCACAACAGACUUGUCAAGACUUUGAGCUAAUUAUACAUAAAUGAUAAUUUCAGUCACAAUAGUAAAAUUCUGACAAUGCUUACAGUAGGACGGUACAAUAUGAGCAAAACAGUGAACUGAGAAACAAAAUCAAAAUCCUUUAGUUGACCUUUGAUAAUAUAUGUACAUUUUAAAGGACAGUAAUGAUAAAGAUCUGAGUGAUGGAUAAUAAAGUACAGUGUACAUGUAAUGUUUUGUUGCAAUCUGUAGCUCAUUUGAUGAAGAAGAGACUUUAGACUUGCCGUCAUUCCUAGAGGUCAUGGGAAGACAGAACCAAUCCCAAACAGGGCAGCAAGCUGUUGGUAAGUUAGCUCUAUCAACUUCUCAUUGCGUUGUUUAAGAAAAUUCUUUAAGAACAGUUUUUGCAUCAGAUUUCAUUUUUCUGGGCUUUAUAUGAUUUGCCUGCUAGUAAUACUUGGAAGGAGAUUCGAUGCAGUUACCAAUCACGCUUGAUAUACAGUAAAAACCUGUGACUAAGAACCUGGUUUUUAAGAACCUUUAGGCCUUUGGCAGCACAGGAGAAUUUCAACUUUUUUAAACGUUCCAAAAUAGUGGAAAUUGGUUAGAACUGUUAUAUAAACAGGGGCGGAUUUAAGGGUGAGCCGAGGGGGCCGCGGCCACCCCUUUUUCUUUGAAAUUUUGUACCAUUUUUACAGAAUUCUCAGAAAAAAUAAAAAAGUAUCUGUAUAGCUGAUAAAAAAGACAAGACCGCAGAUUCCAUUGAAGAAGCAAUCUGUUUUUCGGCAUGUAUACUUUAAAAUUGCUCAGAGUUGCAGAUACCAAUACCCUUUUUCCAUUCACCAUUGACGAUGUGAACCUUUUUAUCUUUUCAGGGUUGCUUCCAAAACGAAUACCGUCGAUCAGGUAGGGAGAUCUAAUUACAUCGUGUUAAUAGUUUCGGUUGUGAAGUGAAACAAGCCUGCAGUGUAUUCUAGUGUAAUCUUAUCGUAUUUAGCAAAGUCAGUCAGGAAUGUGUUUAGUGCUGUGUGUGCGAAGUAGGUCAGCAAAGAAUAGUAAAAUCAGGUUAUAAUUAAUAAUUUAGAAUCUGACAGAAAGACUGACUGGAUGACUGAUUGAUUGAUUGAUUGAAUAAUCAAUUGAUUGAGUCAGUUUUAGCCCCCCCCCCCCUCCAUUUAUCUGAUUGUCUGACUGACAGCAAACAAUCGUUUUCCGGUAUGUUGUUCAGCUUUCUUACCCACUGAUUGGCAUAGGUCCUUAGAGUUUGACUAAAGGCUCCUUGAAACUCGCGUUUAUAAAAGAAAAUUAGUGCUAUUCCUUCGCUCAGUGUCACCCUUAUAAGAACGGGAAAUUGAAAGAAACCUGAGAUGGAAAUGAAAAAUAAAUAAAAUAAGGCGAGCUAAAAGGAUAGCAAACGAAACGUCGAGGAAAAAUACCGCUUGAGAGAGGAGCAGAUUUUUUGUAGCUUUAUUGAGUUUAACACCAACAAAAACCAGUGUAGUGUGCUUCCAUUCGCUAAAUUAAUCAAACUUUACUGUGUCUUUGAUUGUGUUUACGUGCUGACAUUUCAAGGACUUACCAAAUGUAAUUUUUUUGCUUUUCAAUGGUUAAUUCUUGCAGUAAAAUCGAAAAGGAUGACAAGUCGGCCGGAGAGGAGAGUGACAUCAGUGACGAUGACACAGGUAAGCGGAGAUUUCCGAUUGGCUCAGCCGGAAAGUAUUGAAACGGUCUGACCAAUCAGGUUCUACUAGCAUGUUGUGGAUUCAGCCAAUUAGGAAUCAGGAUCCUUGCAACAUACCACAUUGAUGUAACCUUUUACGAAAGCCAGGCUGUCAAUUAUAAACUCGUUUAGCUGGUAGUUUGUUUGAUUCGCGAUGAACAAGGAUUAAGGAUGAAUCUGCUCUGCGAUGAAAUGGCAUGCUACACAAAACAUUUAAACGUUGACUCUUUUGCCAGGUUCAGAACGCUUUUAUCACAACAAGAACCAGAUCUUCUUCAACAAAAGCUGUUGCUAUGGUCCCCUUUUGGACCCGGACAAGGUGUCACAGUUGCCUGAGGCUACCCCUCCUGGGAAGGUCAGUAGUGUUAUACGCACAGGACUGGAGAUGGUCGCAAAGGCGGCUUUCGAUCCUGAAAAGGUGAUAGACCUAAUGCAGGAAGGAUGCGGAGUACGAGUCGUGGUUAAACACAAGGGCAAGAUUCUAAAGAAGGUAAGAGAACCCACAGCUUUCGUGGUAGUCGUUGGAUAGGGAACGGGGAAGACGGAAAAUCGUGUGAGAGAGAACACGAAGAGAUUCAUCACGGGCAAACGUGAGAAAUUUGCAAAAGUUAUGCCUAGUUCUUUAAGAAGUUGUUACUUUCAGUCAGUUUCAAAGUUUCGAUGCAGUCAAAAGCCGUUAAUACGGACACUUCAUUAUUACGGACAGUUUGCUUUUUUCCUGGUGAAAGAAAGCCCUUACAUUUUCUCUACAUUCAGCCCGCUUAAUGUGGACAGCCCGUUUUAGGGACACUUUCUUUGGCCUCUUAGUGUCCGUAACAGGGGAGUUUGACUGUAUUUAACCUAAAACGAGGGGUGUUGCCGACCGGGAUGGACAGGCUGACAUAAAGACAGAUACGGCUAACAUGUGAAAUUUGGAUUAAUUUACGCUCAAGCACAUGGGUAGGUAGAAUGAGUUAUCAGAUAAGAAGACAGAGGGACAGAUUGAUGGGCACACAAAUGUUUGGGUAGACAGACAAAAUGAUCCUGAAUUAAGUAUACAGAUACUCCAGUGGGGGGGGGGGGGGGGGGGCGGCGGGACUUAACCAAGAAGGGGGUGGGGGUCACUAACCAAGUAGAUUGUAGAAAAACUUCUGUGGUUUUGUUGAUAAUAUCUCAGGAAUCCGUGUGUGCGUACUGCUCCGCUCGUGGAGCACGACAAAUAUAGUUUGAUUGUAGUAAAGGACAAGGGAGAGGAGAAGUAGAAAUAUAAAAAGAAAAGAGGAGAAGAGGGGGUGUAGGAGAGGAAAAAAUAUGGGGAGAGAAAAAAACAAAAAUUGUAUUAGAGAGCAGAAGGGGGGGGGGGGGGGGGGGGGGGGGGGGGGGGGCGCUAGCAUUUACACGACGAAUGGUUCGGGCCAUUUCCACUAGAAAGCUUCAGAAUAACCUUUUUGGAUUCUUCAGCUAAUUUGGCUGCACUCUGUAGUGGGUCUUUCUCCCGCUCCGGGAGCAAGAUCAAAGGUAAUCGUUGGCUGGUCAUACACGAUAGUUUAACCGUAUGGUUUGUGUAAAUGAUAAGCACCGCAGGAUAGCCAAGAUGGUAAAAAAGACAGAGAUGGUGGGUUGAACAGAUAGACAGACAACAAGGCCAUCAGGCAGAGUAAUUCACUCUGUUAAGAAGUAAGGAGAAGCACUCGACUGCUUCUUGUUUUUCCCCCUACACUUCUUUCGUGCUCUGGCCACUUCUUUUGUGCUUUACAACAAGACAGAGAAGAGUCAAGGCUUCUUUAUUUGUUUUAAGAUAAAGAAUCCGUUAAAUUCCCGACGCAUUCCUUUCUAAUUUUCAAAACAAACUUUAGCUCCGUUUUUUAUACUCUCACAAAGAACGCUUUUUCAACCAAUCAGAGUGCUCGUUAUAUCUGAACUUAAUUAAGAAGACAUCGGUGGCUAAUCUAGAUCUUUAAGUAAGUUGGGUCCUCGCUCAUGUGGUCCCUAAAAUACGAGGAGAGAGGCCGGCCUCGACACCAUUUUUCUUGGCCCUGCGGGCCUCGGUUUGCUCUAAAAAAGAGGUGGAGGCGCGGGCGCGGGCCUACCCUACCCGAGAUCGGCCAUUAGAAAUCCUCUCAUUUGAAUGCUUUUAUCAACAGGCGAUCUCGCGGGUGGACUCGCGGCCAAAGCUAGAGCGUUACUUAAAGAGGUUUUGCCGUCGUCUCAUCUGUUGUGAGUAUUUCUUGAGUCUGAAGCCUGUUCCGACGCCAUGCCCUGAUCAGUGCCAGGCAGAUGGUAAGUAAGGGAAUGGGUUCAUCAUUUCAUUACCUCAGUCGACCCUUGUACCAUUCAUGAAAGUGCUGCUAUGUCUGCCUGUAGAGUGUGUGGUUGUAAUCCGGCAUAUUUGGUCUUUAUUUUAAUGGUAAGAGCGUUUUUUUUCCAUCGGGAAGUUCUACUUUGCGAGACAUUUUUUAACCAAUGGUGCAACUCGCCUAACACGUUGUGGUGGGGUUUUGUUGACGUUGGAUUCAAGAAGGAAGUUUUAGGCCCGCAGUGAAGAUAAAAUAAAUAAAACAAAAAGAAGCCAUUCAAACUCUGUUUUCACGGAAUAUCUGUCGACAUCUGAAUGUGAGUACAUUGAGUUAACGGGUUACCGUACAACAACGAUAAAGCCAAAAAAAUUCCGGGCCAAACGCGGAAUCAAAAUAAAAAGGAAUUGUUUCAGUAUUUUGACACUCUAUAGCACUUUCAGCUGUGAUUUAAGAACGAAGUCGUAUUCCAGUAGUGAGAAGUAAAAGAAAAGAAAGAAAGAAACCUUUAAAGCUAAUCGUUCACGGAAUAUGUGUCCAAAUCUGAACCUGAUUACAGUUAGUCCGCAAACGCUAUUCCAAUCGCAAUAUUUCAAUAGUAUAUCGUUAAGGCACUUUGCCGGAUACCCAUAAUUUGACGACUGUAAAUCUACUCAAAAAAGACUACAAGACACAUACCGCUCUAUACUGUUCACGUCUGCCUUGUAAACAGUGUGUUACACAUUUCUUUUGUGGGUAGAUUUUCCGUUCCCUUGCUUCAAAUUUUUUAUGUAUGUAGCUCUUAUUGGCAGACCCUUCGCCUUCGAUCCGAUGUGAAGUGAACUGUUUUAAAAACUUUAUGAUUUUAAAAAUCAAAUUGAUUUUUGUUUCGAUUUUGCCGUUUUCAGCAUUCUUUUUGUAAAAAAAAUUGUCAUAUUCCUUUCACAAAAAAGAGCAUUCAAAUUCGUAUUUUGUAGUUAAACUAUGAUAACAGCUGACGACAGUGAAAACGAUUCCUUUUUAUGGGCGUUUUACAUGUUGGUACAUUACAUUCUUUGUCUUUCGCUACCAAAAACCUACGUUAAGUGAUAGAAUGAAACGUUUAAAGGACAGCUUAAAUAUGCUCUGGUUAAUUUUCCUCUCUCUAUUUUAACUUGCAAGCAUUCCAACAAAUUCUUUUUACUGGCAAUUUAGUCUGAUAAAAAAAAUGGCAGAGAAAGGACAAACGAAUUAAUUCUCGACUUUUAUGUUUUCCUUGACGUCGCCUUUAUCGGGCUGUGUAAGUUUUCUGAUGCACUUGAAAAAAAUCUCCCACUAUUUGAGUAAGUUAUCUUGAAGGAGAAUGUAAAUCUAAGUUUUAAGUCUAUGACUGAAGCCCAUAAAUUUGACCAGUAAGAAGUCCUUUUUUCACAUUUUACUGUAUAAGACUAAAGAGUGUCAGAGAAUAAGAGCGCUUUCGUAUUACUAAUUUUUUUUAUUUACGUUGGAAACCAAUUGUGAAGAUUAGGCUUAAGUUUAAUUAAAAAGUAUAAACGAAUUAGAAUAACAAAAAGGAAAACUGCUGUUUCCGGGUACCCGUUAAACUCAUGAAGGAAAGUUGUGGUUAAUAAUUUAUAACGCCCUUGUGGUAAUCAGAUCGUCAACUUUGAAUUUAGCUAGAUCUUUGGCGUUUCAUUUGAGAGUUAGAUUAGAUUACUAUCGGAAUGUUGAUGUAAAUUGAGAUGGAGAGCGCCUAAUUAUCCCCCGUGUCUUGACGGCCAUGCAACAAUGUGCUUUGAGUACGAAGAACUGAGAAUCGUUUUGUCUGCGCCUUAUCUUUAACAAUAUCGUAACUGUAGUUUCAACUUCGUUGGUGACCGAAAGGAUUGAUUUAUUUUGUGUUUCAGAUCAAGGAAACUUACAAGGUCCCAAAGGGUUAAAAGCUAAGAGAUCUCGCGAAUACUUUGAAGUCAAGCAUCUCGGAGUUGAGAAAAAGAAACGUGGCCGGAAGCGAAAGUCAGACUACUUACUUCCGGUCGAUCCAAACAGUGUUGUUACGAGGGCUCUCGGAGACAGCGGAUUACCCAUUGGGGCGCCUUUUAGUGUGGUUCAGGGACAGACCACCUUUUCUACGGCAACCGCCAUUGCUCCUGUUCAGAAUGGUUCCAUUGUCACUCAAACCCCAGGGAUUCCCCAAGUGACUCCGCAGGGAGCCACCCCUGGGGUUUCAAUUACGAGUGUUAGUGCAGGAGCUCCGGCAUUCCAGACGUCUGGCAAUGUGACAGUGCCUCGUUCAGCUACCGCAGUAAAAGGCAUCCCGGUGAUUGCUCCUCAGGGAAAAGUUCCCAUGGCCCAUCCCCAGCGUUCCCCGGUGCCGAUUAACGCUUUACCAGGAGGAAAACCAGUCACCAAGGAGGUAGAGUAUCUGGGUCAAUUUAGGUUUCUGGGAAACUGCCCACCUACCCCUCCCCUAAGUCAACGUUAACACUUACUGCUCACUUAGGGCAAAAUGUUGGGUUACAGGAGGGGUAGGUGGGCCGUUUCCCAGAAAAUGUCUCUGAUAUCUUUUGUAAACAAUAGAUGUUUCACCAAUUUCUACCUACAAAUAAUAGGAGACAUUUGACUGACAGAAAAAUUUUGAAACCUAAUUAAUCCGAGUAUCUAUCACAAUUAAAUUAGUAGAACUCUACUUGUAUUCUGUUGCGGUUCUCUCACUGUUAUUUUUUUAUUAUUGGCUCAAGUAAGAAGAGGAAUCCAGGUUUUAUGCCAAUAAAAACUUCGUAAAAAAAAGUUCGUGAGCAUACUUUUAGAGCUGUUAGUGCACUCUAGGAUCAGAGGAGCAAAACAGCAAAUACUCGCAGCUAAAAUGUUGCAAGAUCUAUCAACAAUACAAUCGGCACGUUAGGGUGAGAGACUUAAUUUCACGAUGUCAAUUUUUUUUAUUUUUAGGGAGUGCAGUCACAUAACCCAGGAAGCGCGCCAAACGUUCCUUUGACGGACGGCUCUAGUCGCAUUGUGACCAAUGUGUCUAGCCAAAGGUUUGCUACAAACGCUACCAGCUUAGGUACCACAAUCACAUUCGGCCGGGCUCCUCCUAACGUCACCAUAUCAAAUUGUGUCCCACCUCCGUUGACCAAGAUAGCCACCGAGGGCAGCAGCAGUCAUGUGACCACCACCACUAACGUGACGGUGGAACCGCAUAGUCAGCUUGCGAUUCAUGCUGUGUCCGCAGUGCAAACGGCCAGCAGUGUUUCAGUGCCGGCGCCUUUCUCCUCCGCUUCUUUACACGUUCCUCCAGUUUCAAGGCCUUCGUUUAGUACCGCCACCGCAGGGCAGUUGCCAGUUGGGACUGGAUACAAGCCUGCGACGAGCCCCCCGGUUUUUCCCCGACAGGUGUUGAGUACGAACCCUGGCGGUGUGAUCCGCCAUCCUGGAGUCCAUCCGAAUCCCCCAGGGAAUGCCUCUCCAAUACAAGUAAAGCCAAGCAGUGGAACCACUCCUCCUCCUCCCCCGCUAGUUCCCAAUGCUCGCGUAACCCCUCAGGGAGUUCGGCCGCAGGGAAUGUACGUACCUGCUCAAAGCAGCAGCAGUAGCUCCAUUUCACAGCCGCGUCCAGUAUUACAUUCCCAUCAAUCUCCUUACAGUCCCAUAGCUGCCAGGAGUGGAGCAGUUAAUCAUCACCCUCAAGGGACUGCCCCUCCCCUUCUAAGUAACUCCUCUGGGGUCACUAGUGCAACCCCUCAAGCUGGCAUGGUCGCAAGGGGAGUAGCGCAGCCUGGAGCCCCUCCCGUUUCACAAAGGCCCAUCAUGCCGAAUUAUCAUGGCGUUCCCCGUUCGAGGAACCCUCCUCAAAACGCCCCUCCGAACAUGAGGUUCUCAAGUGUCAGGGCCCCCCUAGGGGGUGGAUUUGCGAGGCACCCUCUACCCAUGCGUCCUCAGGGGAAUGCUGUAGGACCACAACAGCAGGUGAGAUUGUCAUUUUCGUAGAGACAAAAAAAACACUAGGUAUGUUAAUUCCAUGAAGAUGACGGAAAUAAACGAAUUUCAGUCAAACCCCGUUAAUACCGACACUAAGGGGGCCAUAGAAAGCUUCCGUAUUAACAGGGUGUCCGUAUUAAGCGGAUUGAAUUUAAGAAUAAUGUAAGGGCUUUCUUUCCCCACGUAAAAAGCCAACUGCCCGUAAUAAUAAGGUAUCCGUAUUAAGCGGGUGUACGUAAAGCGGGGUUUGACUGUAGUCGGUAGGGAUUUAGCGUCCGAAGGAUUUUGGAACCUUCUGCUUCUUUAGAGACCUGAGGGCUAAGUUGCUGGAAUGCCGAUUAGUGCGAACCCGGGACUAUUAAAGUUUUAAUUUGGUUUUCCUUUAUAUUCAAAAGCAUUUUCUCAGUUGAUUUUCUCUUUUCUGUUUAGAGCAUCAAAUCAUGAAGUUGUAGAUCCGCAAAAAGAAUUAAAACAAAUUAAAAUCUAAACUUACUUUUAAGCUUUCAUAGCUGAAUUUAAAUUUCGCACUUACCCUGGGUUAUCUUGACCCAGCUUUGAACAACUCGGUCCUGGUUGAAGUUGUGAUUAUUGAUAUUAUUUUCAGAGCUUCAAAUUGCGCUUUAACGUGCCUACGGUGUCGGGAACAGUACACCAGCGGAAUAUGGGGUCUAAUCCACCUGUAAGUUUCGUGGACGCGAAAUUGGUGACGAAAUCUCGUAUCGGUCCAACACCGAUACAGCCCAAGUCUUCUAUAGAGCAUCUGGAAGCUCUGACGAAUGCCACCAACCAAGAAGUGAAGAUAAACGACGAACCAAAGAUAAAGGAAGAGGAAACGAAAGUGGACGAAGAAGAGGAAGAAAAGGGAGAAAAUGAAGAGAAGUCUGCAUCACCUCCGAAAAGGAAUCUGUGGUGGUUGAAAAAGAAGCGGAGAAAGCGGCCACGACUGACCUAUAUUAAAACGAAGUAUCGUCGCAAAGAUGACGAAGGCGCUCCGAGUACUUCCGAAGUAACUCCGAUGGACAUGGAUAUGGAGGAUGAUCCUGAACUUGAAGUGGAUGAUGGUCCCUCUCAGUCGUCCUUAGGAGACAGGCCUAAAAGAGGACGACCUCCUAAGGGCGUUGCGUUCCGAUUCAAGACUGAAAACUUCUCGAAUAGUGAUCCCGACUGGGACGAGUCAGAAGAAAGAAGGCGAGUUAAACCUGUGGUCAAGAAAAGAAAAGGAAGAGUCAAGAAAGGUAUAUGAUUGAAAUUUAAUUGCUUGAUAACAACCUGGAUGAUUUGCGAGCAGUGGAAAGUGGGCUAAGCAGCCUUCAUAAGUAUUUUCCAAUAGACUGCCAUAUCGGGAGCAUGUGAACACUUGCUUUUUCUAUGUCAUGGUGAGCUCCACUUUUCUGGUUAAACUGCUGAACUGAUUUAAUAACUAGUAAUUCUCACUUGGAACCCUAAAAGAAAGAUAUCAAAUGAUUCUAACGAAGGGAAACAAAGUAUUGUCGGUUUUGGACAUUUUUCGAUAACGCAGGAGUUUAACCUGAAAAAGUUGGCCCGAAUUUUCAAGUUGCAAUCCGUUGCAAAUUCGAAAACAAUUCUCCAUGGUAUGUACUCAUAUGUUCAAAACUUUGCAGUGAAAUCACUGUCCUGCAGAUCGUGGUUCCGCUUGAGUUUUGAGCAUUCUGACAUUUUGACGUCAUUUCUAUGGUCGACAAGAGUGGUGGACGCGUGACUGACCGGACGCUUCAGUUAGCGCUCCGCGUUCUCGCGUAUGUGUGUUUGUGGGUAGGUUAGUUUAGAUCUUUUCUUUUUUUUCAUUGACUAAUUAGAGACAAAGUUAAGGCGAUAUGAAAAGAAAACGAUGAUGUAAAGAGACAACUGAAUAAUCUGAAGAAAUGCAUCAUUAGUCUCUUGUCAUAACUGUGUUGUCAUUUAUUAUUAGUAUUCCGUUAGUUUAUCAGUAGUCUAUAGUCAUUGAUGUCAAUUUUAGUUUCUUCAGUUCUCUUGUUACUUUUAGUUUUAUUUAGUUGUAUUUAUUUCCUGUGAACAUAACCCCCCUAGAUUAGCUUAGCAUGUAUGUAUGCAUGCAUCUAUGUACGGAAAAUGGUUGUCGAAUUGUUAAGUCGGCAUUGAUUGCUUGUUAAUGCUCGAUUCCUUCUUCCCUAGAUUCUACUGAAGUGACGUCACCGAAACUGAAGUCUCCAGGCUUGGCUGGACCAUCACAAAUCCCAGGCCUCUCUGGUGCCGUGGUGAAGGAGGCUGGAACCAGUCCCCCAUCACAUUUGGCUCGUUCACCCCCAUUUUCACCUCGGAGUUUUCAACGUGCACAUACUUAUCACGGAACAGGCAUCCCUGGCGAUAAACGUGUUAUUUCUCCUAAGGGCUCUGUGUCUAAAAUGGUGCGCAUGAGUUCUGGAUCAGAUCCCAGAGGUAUAGUUCUCUUUUAGCAUUUAGCUUUUUGAAUUAUACGCUGUUAUUAAAUGCCCGUCGAAUACCAACCCAUUUUAUCAUGUUUUAGUAUUACGUUAAUUUGCGCAAUAUCAAGUAAUAAAUAUUAUUAACAGUCGAACUGAUCUUUAUUGCUGCUAUUCGCCACUUAAGAAAGAAUCCUUAAAUGAGAAUGUCCGAGACCAGGUUUUAUGAGCCCGCGAGACCACCACCGCCAAAACCUUUGUUUUCACUAAAACCGCUGGACGCCACAACCUGCUUGAGGUCAUUGUUAUCUAAGGUCUUCCCUUAAGAAACGAGAGGGAAACUGGACCGGGUUAACGUUCGCAAAGACUUCUGGGACUGUCACGGGGGACAGGGAAAAAAACAAAUUGGCCAAUAGCUGACCGGCGCCUUCCCCAGUAACCAUCCCAGAAACAAUUCGGGUGUUCCAGUCUCUUUCUCGUUUCUAAACUGGAGAAUUUUUGUACAUAUCGAGAGAGAAAGCAUUGCAAAAGAACCGAAUUGACUGUACAAAGUUUAAAAAAGCUGGUUCGGUUUGGUAGCAGAAGCAAGUUUGAGUUCCUUACCUGCAUUGUUUUCGGAAGUAUCGGCCAUCGUCGAAUUGGUCGAUUAACUGUUGCCUAGUCCCUGUACGGCUUCUUCCCAGGCCUUCUCGGUCAGUGGUCAAAAACUUGCUCGGACCGCGUGACCCGAAACUCAUCGGCGGCGCGCAAUAAUGAGGCAUAGGGAGUAGGUAAGAUUAACCACAGAAUUGCCCCCUGGGUGGCAAAGCGCUUAUGACCAAAACAUUUUAAUUUUGCUGAUCAAAAGCAUGGUCACCUACAUGGGAGUAAACUUAACUAAAUUCAAACAAUCUGUUUCUUUGUAGGUCAUCACUCUCUCUCUGCAUCACGAUACUCGCCUUACUCCUCCUCCCCUUCGCCACGCGCACCCUACUCUCCCUCGGGUCAUCGGUCCAUGCACCCAAAGCCACUCUGCGUUGAUGUCGGCACCAACACGUCACUUCCGGGCUGCGUGAACGGCAGGUCACCUGACCUUCCCGCCAACCCCGUUACGUGGUCAGUGGAACAGGUGGUGAGAUACGUGCGCUCAACAGACUGUAUAAAUUAUGCGAAUAUAUUUUUAGAUCAGGUAAUUAUUUAUGAAGAUUCAUGUUUUUAUGUUGAUUUAUACCCUAAAGGACCGUAAAUCACUUAAGCAUUCACUGCAGUACUGUAUGCAGUACGCUGAAAUAAAAACUAAAUGAAGUUACCCAGGAGGCUCCUCACCUACUUUUUUGAAGAGAUUUGUCCAUACAAAUAAUUCAAAUUGAAGCAGACCAGCUUGCUACUGACUUGCGUGAAUAAUUCGAAGAGUUUAACUUGGGACACCGAAGAACUACUUCUUCAGAGAUAUAUUAGGUUGAAAGGAGUGCGCAUGUGGAGUAGGUGUGAAGCGGGGAUCCAUCUUUUAUUGGAGGAGUCUGGGGGCCUCCCCAAGAAAAAUUUAAUUUUUAUUCUGGCGUCCUUCCUGCAAAGUGCAUUUUGAUCGACCAAGGACAAGAGUUUUAGCCAUGAAAUUGGCAACUUUAUUUAGUCAUGUUUGCUUUGUUUUCAUCGAACGAUGUGGUGAGAAAAAAUACGAAAAAUUUAUUACUCUCUUUAAAGUUUUCUAUAAUAAGCCGGCGAUUUUCGUUUGUCCCUUUCCGAGACCCCUUUUAGCUCUUUGACACUCCUUUAGCUCACUGAUAUGGCACUUGUUCUUUCACAGGAAAUUGACGGAAAAGCACUUAUGCUUUUGUCACGUGACUCUCUUAUGCAGUUUACGCGCAUGAAGCUGGGACCGACUCUUAAGAUGUGCAGUUACAUAGCUCAACUGAAACUUCGAGCCCGAUGACACGCACGCAAUAAAUUUCGUGUGAAAUAUGACUAAAAUGGACAGUGGAGUGUAGUGUCUUCAGGACGGAUAUUUUAGACACAGAGGACUUUGUGGAUAGAAGAGGGAGUGAUCAUACCUAAAGCCUAAGAGGCGCAGUGUGAUUAUUCAAAUUCAUUUCCCUCUAUG